AUGUUGAACAAGGAGAUGGUGGCCAACCCGCUGGUGGUGACGCUGGAGGGAACGGACAAGGUGCGCCCGAUGGAGACCCUCAACUACGUGCUGCAGCUGCGGUUCUGCUCGCUGCACGCCCCGACUUGCAAAAUGUUCUUGGUGGAAUGGUUCCUCCGCAGGAGGUGGAGAAUUUCGCCAAAGCGGUGCGCCUGGCCUCACAGGAGGUGCACCACCGUGCCAACAAGGUCCAAAAGUUGGAGGAAGCGCUUCGUGAAGCGCGUGAACAACAUCAACAAGCUGAAGGUGAGUAUCGUGAUGCUGAGCAAAAGAAGCGCGAUGCCGAUGACACUGUUGCUCGGUUCUCUCAGGAAGCGUGGGUUCAUGCCAAGCGGCAGGAGCAUGCGCAGGCCGCAGCGGCGGCCGGGGCUGCUCGCGCGGCCCAUGCGGCCGCCCCCGCCCCAGCCCCGCAGAUGCCUGCGCAGCAUGCUCCGCCUGGUGGAGGUGCUGCACCACCCGCAGGUGGUCGCCCAGCUGCGCCUGGUGGAGCGCCACCUGCUGCUGUACCUCCGGGUCAACAACCUUCCCUACGGAUUGGUGGCACGUUUCGCGGAGAUGCAGAAGCAGAUCUACGACAGUGCCCAGUCUGACGCUGGAAGUGAUGCUGGUUCUGAGGCUGGUGAUUUUCCCCCAGAGCGUGCUGAAGAAUUGGCUGCGCUCAAGAAACGCUCUAUGGAAGGUGCAAUGGCUGAUGCCGACCAGACCCGCAUGGAGGACCUCAUGUUCGAGAAAGCCCACACCCGCUCAGCGAAGCGCAUGCGACGUGUGCAGCGUGAAGUUGGUGCCGGGUUCAAGGAGCUCUUCAAGGCUGCGGUCGCGGAGAUGCCGCCGCCGGACGCGUCCCAGGACCAGAAUCUGAGCGAGGGUGGAUCGCCGGACAAGGGCGUAAGGACCGAAGACAUCAAUCCAGCAGACGACCUCACAGCCUGGCGCGCCCAGCGGGGCCAGCGGGUCGACUCCGACGACCAGCACCCGCGUGAGCAGGCGCGGCAGGCGCUGCGGAAGGCGCCGGCGCCUGUGUCAACGCCGGCCCCGAUCAAGGCAGACGCGGGCGUCGGCGACCCGAUGGCGCCCUUCUCCGCCCCCGUCCCCGGUGGCUUCGAGCUGGAGGCGAGCAAGGAGGCGUUGCGGUGGUCGCCGAAGACCAUCUCCAUCGUGCUGCCGUGCGCCGAGGAGCGAGACUUGGCGUACAAGACGGUCCAGUCAGCCUUCGAGAACACGCCCUCCGAGGUGCUGCACGAGAUCGUCGUCGUGGACGACGGGAGCAACCCCCCCCUGGCGGACACGCACCUGAAAGCGGACGUACAGAGAAAGUUCCGCGUCAAGAUCGAGAGGCACGAGAGCACCGUCGGCCUCAUCGGAGCCAAGAAGACUGGCGGUGACCGCCUCGCGCCCGCGCGCUCCACCGCCCGUGCUCUG